AUGAAGUUUACUACGGCAAUCAUCGCUUCCCUGGUGGGAACUAGCACCGCCUUGUUUAGCAAGGACCAGCCAUGGGGCAAACGUGAUUACGCCUGCGUAAACGUCUACCAAGGCAUCCCCGACAACUCGACCGUCUCCGCCGGCCAGACCGUACGUGUCCACUUCGACCGUCAGCCCACAGGACGCUGCCCAGACCCAUUGAGCCAGUACCCUGGCAGCGACUACGGCGUGUGGCUGUACAACAACCCCGUGCGCAAGCUGGAUACCAUAUCCUUCGACAAGUCUAUCAAGAUCACGGGGGGUAUCAAGGAGAAGGCGGGUCUUGUUGAUGUCACCAUCCCAAAGGACUUGCCUCAAGUCAAGGAUGGCUCACUUUGGUAUUUGCGGAUUGACACUUCUCUCUCAACUGCACCACAGGCAAGUUUCUUUCCUCUUCAUUUUGGUUCUUUUUUGAGGGGUUGGGACUACGUACUUCCAGGCGGUGUUUAUCUUGGCUUUUUAUUUGAUUCCAGGGGCUAA